AUGUCUAAUCUAGACGAAAGUGAAGAAAAUUUAAUAGCUUUAAUGGACAGUCUUUGUUCAGAUCUAAAUGUUGACCCUGUUGCUGCGAAAAAGGCUAAGGACUCAUUUUUACAUUUAAAACGACAUUUUACUUUAGAUGGUGAUACAGGGCAUUGGAUGGCAUGUGCCCUGUAUGUGGCAUGCAGGACCUCUAUAACACCAACUGUGCAGUCUGGGAAGGCUGUAGAAGGGAACUGUGUUAGUCUUACCAAGCUAUUAAGACUAUGCAACAUAAGUCUGAUUCAGUUCUUCAAAAAAAUCAAGAAUUGGAUGGAGAUGGCUUUAAUGUCAACUGAGUUUAGAGAUAGGAUAUCUCAUUUGGAGCACAAGUUUGCAGUAUCCACAGUCCUAUACAGGAACUUCCAGCCCAUCUUCCAGGAAAUCUUUUCUGGUUUGACUAAUGAGCCUUUGAAACCUAGCACUAUUAAGAGAAGGUCCAAGAACCAACCUUGUAGUACAAAUGCUCUGUAUGAGUUCACCUGGUGUUUGUACAUAUGUGUUAAGGGAGAGUUCCACAAGUCUGCUCAUGAUCUUGUAGACAUGUACCAUCUGCUGCUUGCAUGUUUAGACUUUGUGUUCGCCAAUGCUUUCUUGAGCAGAAGAAUUGAUUUAAUUAAUCCUGCCUUCAAAGGUGUACCAAAAGAUUGGUUAAGUGAUGACUUCAAAAUGCCGAAUACUGCACCAUGUAUCAUGUCCACAUUGUGUGAGAUAAAGAAUGGUCUACUAGUAGAUGCUGCUUCAACUAAGGAGUACAGCUGGAAACCUGUUCUGAAAUCAUUCUUUGAAAAACAAAUUCUGAAAGGUGAUAAGGAACAGCUUUCCGGAGUCCUUGAUGUAGGAUAUUUCGAUCAAAAUCUUAAAUCAUUGAACAAUUUAUAUGAAACUUAUGUUUUAAGUGUUGGAGAAUUUGAUGAACGCAUAUUUUUGGGUGAACAUGCAAAUGAACAAAUUGUAACUUCCAAUAAAGUGUCUGGAGAUGAAAUAUCACAAGUUAUUGCUACAUUUGGCCCAAGUAACCGAGCCUGCCACGAGACUCCGCUAACAGGACGCCGGUACUUAGCUCGCCGGGACGAGGAACUCACACCAGUUUCUGAAGCUAAGAACAGCCUCGCUCGUCUCGCUUCCUACCUCAGAAAUGCCAAACCACAACCUUCCAGAGACCUCUUGAAAUUGUUCUCUGAUUGCAAUGUAAACAUGGAGGCAAUAAACACGAAUUUAGUACAGCCAUGUAACCGGUGGAUGGAGAAGUUUGCUAACAGUUUGAGAGAGAGCAACACCACUUCCAGUAACGAGACUAUAUCAUUCAGAUGUAAUAUGGUCACCUGUUUGUAUUACAAAGUGUUUGAACAUAUCAUCAGAGAAGAGCAUCGGAAGAAACCACAAGUGUCCUUAAAUAUGCUGCUGACUCAGGAAACCUACCAAUUGGCAGUUUACGCGUGCUGUACAGAGAUAGUCCUACACGCUUAUGGCUUCCACUCGCUGAAGUUCCCGAAAGUAUUGCAGAUAUAUGGACUCAGUGCCUUCCACUUCUAUAAGAUUAUCGAGCUUGUAGUGCAGGCGGUCGUCGAGAAACUCAGCCGUGAUGUCAUCAAACAUCUCAAUGCUGUAGAGGAAGAAGUGUUAGAGUCCUUAGUGUGGACAUCAGACAGUCCACUAUGGGACCAGCUCAGUAAAACUCCAGUACCAGCAUCCAUUGACGUUAAAGUUCAGGACUCGCCGCACCGUAGAAGCAAUGGUCUUCAGUCACCAGUGUCAUCGGUUAUGGAUCGUUACCUCUCACCUAUUGCGGACCAGGCGAAAAAGCAGCUAUUCAAAGACACAAUCAAACCGGGACAAUCUUUACUUGUUGCCACAAACAAUACGCCGUCAAAACAAGAGGCUAGCACUUCGCAACCUACUCCAGGUUGUUCAAACGGCGAGUCGAAUAGUAACACAACUACACCUAAGAAAACCAAUAACUCGUUAAUAUUGUUCUUUAGAAAGUUUUAUAGUUUAGCUGUUGUGCGUGUAAAUGAUUUAUGUACUCGACUGCGUUUAACUGACGAAGAACUGAAGAAGAAGAUAUGGACGUGUCUAGAAUAUUCUGUGAUGCACCAGACGCAGCUUAUGAAAGACCGUCACCUUGACCAAAUACUCAUGUGCGCCGUCUACGUUAUAUGUAGAGUGUCAAAUAAUCCUACAAAUCAAGUAGAGAGAACAUUUACAGAAAUCAUGCAUUGUUAUAGACAACGGCCAUUAGCCGAUAAUCAUGUGUACAGAUCUGUUCUUAUUAAACAGAGUGAUGGAGAGAGUUCACCAGAAAGAGGCGACUUAAUUAAUUUCUACAAUAAAGUGUAUGUCCAAUGUAUGCAAAACUUUGCAUUAAGAUUUACUGGGAAACAUAAAGACGAAUGUAGUUUGUCUCCGCUGCCGGCGGGUCGCGGCGAUGCGACGUGGUCCCCCGCGGGCCAGCGCGUGUCAGAGAGGCACCAGCUCUACGUCAAGCCUCUCACUACGCCGCCACCGCCGCACCAUCAUCUCACCUACCGCUUCAGCCGCAGUCCUGCUAAGGACCUGCACGCCAUCAACACAAUGGUGUCGUAUGAGAUGGGCGGGAUGGCCACGUCGGUUGGUGCGCUAGGAAUGAAGCGCGGCGCUGAGGCAGGUGGAGACGUCGUGAAGAGAGCACGCCUCGCGCACCCCAGCGUGGCACGUCGUCUGCAGGGACUCAUGUCCGACCGACAGGCUGUCUAG